CGAGAACAGUGCUAGGCAAGGGGGCAGGCAUUUGCGGAAGCUGCCUGCUUUCACCCGGAGGGGAAGUCCCUGGUGAGACUCUGGAGAGCGGGUUUUGAGGGUCCAGCCCAGCCCAAGGAGCGAGGUCGCAGCAGGAGCGGUGGUGGCGCAGGUGACGAGGCGGCAGCCAAGCCUCCUGGACCCGGCCUAAGGGGUUCGGCUGGGCGCCUGGGUUCCCAGCGCGGCUGGACACUUCUCUCCGCCUGGCGGGGCGCGGCGACAGCGGCGAGGAUGGCACAAAAGAAAUAUCUUCAAGCAAAACUAACUCAGUUUUUAAGGGAAGACAGGAUUCAACUUUGGAAACCUCCAUAUACAGAUGAAAAUAAAGAACUUGGCUUAGCAUUGAAGGACCUUGCUAAGAAGUACUCUGACAAGCUAGAAUGCUGUGAAAAUGAAGUAGAAAAGAUAAUAGAAGAAAUACGUUGCAAAGCAAUUGAACGUGGAACAGGAAAUGAAAAUUACAAAACAACAGGAAUCGCUACAAUCGAGGUGUUUUUACCACCAAGACUAAGAAAAGAUAGGAAAAACUUGUUGGAAACUCGAUUGCACAUCACUGGCAGAGAGCUGAGGUCUAAAAUAGCUGAAACCUUUGGAUUUCAGGAAAAUUAUAUCAAAAUUGUCAUAAACAAGAAACAGCUUCAACUAGGGAAAACACUUGAAGAACAAGGAGUGACUCACAACGUAAAAGCAAUGGUGCUUGAACUGAAACAAUCUGAAGAGGAUGUGAGGAAAAACUUCCAGGUGGAGGGAGAGGAACAAAAUGAGGCUGAACUGAAAGAAAAACGAAUUCAGAGGACUAAAAGAGGACUAGAGAUACUGGCAGAGAGAGCCGAGAUGGUGGUGGAUUCAGAGACUACACCGUACUUAGACAUAGCUAACCAGACAGGCAGAUCAAUCAGAAUUCCCCCAUCAGAAAGAAAAGCCCUUAUGUUAGCUAUGGGAUAUCAUGAAAAGGGCAGAGCUUUCCUGAAAAGAAAAGAAUAUGGAAUAGCCCUGCCAUGUCUGUUGGAUGCUGACAAAUAUUUCUGUGAGUGCUGCAGAGAGCUGCUGGACACAGUGGAUAACUACGCAGUGCUCCAGCUGGAUAUAGUGUGGUGUUACUUCCGCUUGGAACAACUGGAAUGCCUUGAUGAUGCUGAAAAAAAAUUAAACUUGGCCCAGAAAUGCUUUAAAAAUUGCUACGGAGAAAAUCAUCAGAGACUGGUCCACAUAAAAGGAAAUUGUGGGAAAGAGAAGGUAUUGUUUUUAAGACUCUACUUGCUUCAAGGUAUUCGAAAUUAUCACAGUGGAAAUGGUGAAGAAGCUUGUGAGUAUCUCAAUAAGGCACGUCAGCUCUUUAAAGAGCUAUAUAUUGAUCCAUCAAAAGUUCACAACUUGUUGCAGUUGGGAUUUACUGCCCAGGAAGCCCGGCUUGGCCUGAGGGCAUGUGAUGGGAACGUGGAUCAUGCAGCUACUCACAUUACCAACCGCAGAGAGGAAUUGGCCCAAAUAAGGAAAGAAGAAAAAGAGAAGAAAAGACGCUGCCUGGAGAACAUCAACUCUCUGAAGGGCAUGGGCUACUCCACGCACGCGGCCAAGCAGGCGCUUCACCAGGCCAGUGGCAACCUGGAUGAGGCCCUGAAGAUUCUGCUCAGUAAUCCCCAGAUGUGGUGGUUAAAUGAUUCCGAUCCUGAAACCAGCAACCAUCAAGAAAGCCCUGCCCAGGAAAACAUUGACCAACUGGUGUACAUGGGCUUUGACGCCACAGUGGCCAAAGCUGCACUGAGAGUGUUCCGAGGUAACGUCCAGCUGGCAGCGCAGACCCUUGCUCACAACGGGGGCAGCCUCCCUCCUGACCUGCGGCUCUCGGCAGAAGACUCUUCGUCAACACCAUCCACAUCCCCUUCAGAUUCUGCAGGAACCUCUAGUGCCUCGACAGACGAAGACAUGGAGACAGAGGCCGUCAAUGAGAUCCUGGAAGAUAUUCCAGAACAUGAGGAAGAUUAUCUAGACUCAACUCUGGAAGAUGAAGAAAUUAUUAUUGCAGAGUACCUAUCCUAUGUAGAAAACAUAAAGUUGGCAACAAAGAAAAACUAAAUAAUGAACAGAAAUAAGUAUAAGUUGCUGCUUAUAAACGCUAUCAUUAUGAAAAG